CUUCUUCUUCUUAGAGAAGAAGAAAAAGAGAGAAAAAGAGAGAAAAAGAAUGGGUCGUGUUAAACUGCAGAUUAAGAGAAUAGAAAACAACACAAAUCGACAAGUCACAUUCUCUAAACGAAGAAAUGGACUCAUCAAAAAGGCUUAUGAGCUCUCAGUCCUCUGCGAUAUCGAUAUCGCUCUCAUUAUGUUCUCACACUCCGGUCGUCUCAGCCAUUUUUCCGGCAAGAGAAGAGUUGAAGAUGUACUAACGCGAUAUAUAAAUCUCCCAGAUCAUGAGAGAGGAGGGAUUGUCCAUAACAGAGAGUAUUUGAUCAGCACCCUUAAGAAGCUCAAGACAGAAAAUGACAUUGCUCUGCAACUUGCCAAUCCUGUGGCUGUUAACUCUAACGUGGAGGAACUCAACCAAGAAAUCAAUAAUUUACAGCAUCAGCUCCAGAUAGCAGAAGAACAAUUAAGCAUAUUUGAGCCUGACCCACUGGCCUUUACCUCAACUGGGGAACUUGAAUCUUGUGAGAAGAACCUGUUGGAGGCCUUGAGUCGAGUCACAGAAAGAAAGAAAUAUCUACUGAGUAACCAUUUAUCUACUUACGACCCAGCAAGUAUACAGGCGUACUUGGAUUCACAGGAGGGUUUACCAACCUCAUUUGAGAACGAGGUUAUGGGCUGGUUGCCGGAAAAUGGACACAACCAUACCCAAAUGUUUGGAUCUGACCCUUGUGUUCCUCUAAGGAACCAUCCAUCGACGAAUGUCUACGAUAAUCUGGGCCAUGGAACAAGUAUCAAUGUGGACCCAAUCAACAUGGGAGGAUGCCACAUCAGCAACUCGGGCGGUGAGGGCCUUCCACCGUGGCAUCAUUCAUACACCUCAACUGAACUCCUCUCAGCCCUCAUGCCUCAACCCUCAUACCCUCCUCCUAAGCAUGAGAUGGCACCGGGUUCGAUUAUCCCAACAAUGAUGCCACAUCAGCAAAUGGAAGCCACGUCAAAUUGCCAGCACUUGCCAUCUGGUGAAGAUGAUUCAGCUUAUGACAAGGCCCAACUGCCACAGCUUCAUGUGGAAUAACACUGAAAGAUUAAUGUAUUUUUCUACACAAUUUUGAUCUUCCAAUUGCUUAGAACCAUUAAGAAAAAAGUGCUAUAGAUGUUCUAAGCUUUUACAAAGAAAAGAUGUAUAAUAUUUUUUAUAUUUGUACAA